AUGGCUGAACAAACCUCAUCAGAAUCCAAAGACGAUAUCCCUGAACUUCUAAGCAGAGUAUUUCAUAUUCUACGAGAGAAUAAUCCAGAACUUGCUGGAGAUAGACGACGGACGGUGAUUAGACCCCCACAAGUUCUUCGAGAAGGCACAAAGAAGACCGUUUUCGUCAACUUUAUGGAUUUAUGCCGGACAAUGCAUAGGCAGCCAGAUCAUGUCAUGACUUUUCUAUUGGCUGAAAUGGGAACAAGUGGUUCCCUUGAUGGGCAACAGAGGUUGGUCGUUAAGGGUCGAUUCGCUCCAAAGAACUUUGAAGGAAUCCUCAGAAGAUAUAUCAAUGAAUAUGUCAUAUGCAAUGGCUGCAGAAGUCCGGAUACAAUUCUUUCAAAGGAGAAUCGUUUGUUCUUCCUAAGAUGUGAACAGUGUGGUUCUGGGAGGUCAGUCGCCCCCAUCAAGACUGGUUUUGUUGCACGGGUUGGGCGUCGGAAGGCAGGGUCGUAG